CGGCGCUGUUUCGAUUUAACAGAUUGAUUUUUUACACAAGAAAAACAUGGCGACUCCUUGGCCGAUGCAGAAACGGCUUCAGAAUGAACUUCUUCAUCUGCAACGAGACCCACCUGUAGGUAUCAGCGUCAACCCCAAUAGUGCAUCCAGUACACUCACCUUAUGGAGUGUAAAUGUUGUUGGGGCGCCGGGCUCCCUCUACGCUGGGGAACAUUUUCAACUUCAGUUCACUUUUGGCAAGAGGUACCCAUUUGAAUCACCAGAGGUAAUUUUCAUUGGUGGUAAUAUACCAGUGCAUCCGCACGUCUACAGCAAUGGACACAUCUGCCUGUCCAUACUAACCGAAGACUGGUCCCCCGCACUGUCGGUUCAGGCCGUCUGUCUCAGCAUAGUCAGUAUGCUAAGUAGCUGUACUGAAAAGAAACGACCACCCGAUAAUACAUUCUAUGUGAAAACGUGCAGUAAAAGCCCGAAGAAAACAAAAUGGUGGUAUCACGAUGACAAAGUUUGACGCAGUGUGCAGAAUAGAUACAGCAACUCAUUAAAACCAAUUGGAAAAAAAUUGGGAAUAACAACGAGAUGAAAACAAAGAUUCAACGGUGGUAGCUGGUGUACUGCUAAAAUGUUUCGUGUUAUUUUAUUUUUUAUUUUCAUUAUUAUUAUUUUUUUUCAUUUUUAGUGCAAUGUGUGAUUGUGUGAAAAUUGGACCCGAAAUUCAAUUUGUAACUUUUUUGGGGGGGGGGGGGGAGAAAUAAAUCAUGUAGACGUGGUUUCAGCAAGUAUUUUGUGUUGAAAUGAACA